AUGGCUUUGAAACGUGUUGUAAUUGAGACCUCCCUGCUGUGUCUGCUGCUGUAUCCAGUCUCACUGUAUUGUCAGACAGCGGUGCCAGCAACAACUCCAAAUGCCACUGCCGAGGAAUCAGGAGGUGUGAAGCUUGCCGCGUGGCACUUCGAAGAGUUUGAAAUCUACUUUGCCGUCAUGCUGAGUCUCCUGUGUGUCACUCUUUUCAAGAUGUACUACCCGAAAAUUCCGUUUGUUCCCGAGUACAUACCACAGUCCUUGCUCCUCAUUGUAUGUGGAGUCAUUUUCGGAGCAAUUUUUAAUGAGGUAUCUCACAAGGAACUCGACGAGACUCUGUGGAAGCUGACACCGGAGAUGUUUUUCCACUUCCUCUUGCCGCCGAUUGUCCUGGAAGCCGCCUACAGCCUCUACAACAGGACCUUCUUCGACUACCUUGGAAGCAUUCUCAUCUACGCCGUCAUCGGGACUGUGCUCAACUUCCUGAUCAUCGGUCCAAUGAUGUACGGGCUCCACAGGGCCGGCGCAAUGGGACCCAACAUGAUCCCCAUCAGUUUCAACUCCUACCUUCUCUUUGCAUCCCUCAUCGUGGCCGUGGAUCCAGUCGCGGUGUUGGCGAUUUUCCAGGACAUUGGUGUUGAACCGGGACUCUACUACAUGGUGUUCGGUGAGUCUCUCCUCAACGACGCUGUGACCGUCGUGCUUUAUCGAAUUAUGAGUGAAUUUGUGGGGGAUCCCAACGUAGACGGAGCCAAAGUUGGGCUCGGCAUCGGCUCCUUCUUUACCAUAUCUUUCGGGGGUCUGCUUGUCGGGGUGAUCAUCGGUGUGAUAACCAGCUUUUUCACUCGCUGGACCGGUCAUUUUGGGGCCUUCCUUAUUCUCCUGAUGUCGUACUUCUCCUACAUCAUGGGCGAGACCUUGGGAUGGUCUGGUAUCAUUUCCAUGAUCGGCUGUGGCCUCGUGCAGGCCGACUACGCCUUCCACAACAUCUCUGCCUCUUCGCUCACCACCGUUCGAACGAUGAUCAAGGAGAUCGCUGAAAUUGGCGAAUCCUUCAUCUUCUUCCUCAUCGGAGUGCAACUCUUUUCUGCGGAAAUUCAAUGGAACACUGGUUUCUGUUUGUGGGGUCUGGUGGCUUGUCUAGUUGCAAGAACAAUUGUUGUCUUUGCCUUGACCUUCAUCAUCAACUGGAUUAACUUGAACAGCCUACGCGUCACAUUGAGGCAGCAAGCCAUUUUAAUUUACGGAGGUCUGCGAGGAGCCGUUGCAUUCUCCCUGGGUCUCUUGGUCGACCACAAAGGUCUGGGAAUCGAUGGAAAGGACGUUCGGAAAAUCAUUGUUACGGCAACUCUCUUCAUCAUUUUCUUCACAGUCGGCCUCAUGGGGUUAACGAUGAAGCCGUUGGUUAAAUGGUUCCGUAUAAAGCUUGCUGUUAACGAAGAACUCUCAAUAUUCCGUGAUCUCAAUGGCAAUGUUAUCGAUCACAUCCUAGCUGGACUCGAGGCGAUAGUCGGUUCUAAUGGACGAAACCGCACAAGAGUAUUUUUCACGCGUAUAGACGACCGUUUCAUUCGCCACUGGCUGCAACGUAACCCGGAGACACAUGACGAGCGAAUCGUCAAGACCUACGAGACCAUAGCACUGAAGCUGCACUACGCCACAAUCAAGCCAGCAAAGUCAUCAACCUACCUCGCAGGCCUUCCGGAGAGCAUUCGACAGAAGCAUCUCGCAGGAAGUGGCGAAUCAGCGCUCCAUUUGCCGUCUCUAGUGGCAAAUUACUCAGAUCAACGUCUGUAUGACUACUUCUCCUCACAGAACGCCUUCGACUCGUCCACUUCGCUUGCAGCGCAGUCUUCGGCGUCAGUUGAAGAACAUGGCGAACGACGAGUGAAUUUUGAUCCAUCCACUAAACCCGACAGCGACGAAGUUGUUGUCAACCCGGAAUGGCGGCGCAGAACAAGUCUGAUCGAUAACGGGCGGCACGAAGAACCAUUCCAGAAUCAGUUCCUGGGUGUCAUGCGCUCGAAGGUCCGAGCGAUGCGCCAACUGAGACACAGGAGGCACAGACACCACGAAGAACUAGACCUAGAUGGCGACGAUGAAAAGCAAAGAGCAGAAGAGACCGCUGCCAACACAGCGAUCAAUAAGGAGGUCACUAAGCCUGGACGUGUCGACACAUCAUCCACUAAUCUGAGCAGUGUCAAUCAAGGACCCCUACCACCACGAGACUACCCCGCAUUCGGCUCAGCAGAGCAGCCCAAAUUCAGCAUUGGUGAUGACGAAUGA